UAUAAUCUAUUUUGGAUAAAUUUUUAUGUUCCGUAAAGAAUAAUAAUAUCCUGUUGUUUACGGUUAUUUAUGAGUGAGAUUUGUAUAUUCCCGCGCGUAAUAGAAAGAUGCGCAGAGGUUAUUGCGCAUGUACCACUUUGACACUGCAUUGCACGCAUGAUGCAUAACCAAAUUAAUAAUACAAGGAAAAUCGAUCGUUUUGACGUAAGAUUAUAGUGUUUUUUAUUUGAUAAAUAUUCUUAAUUGUUUAUAUUAUCAGAUAUGGAUUUGGAAGAUAGUGAGAAUUUGCCAAAACCAACGGGAACUUCAAGAAUCGAGAAGAAUCCUGUUGAUUACGACGAAGACAGAAUGCAUGAGAUGACAGCAUCUUAUUCGGAAAUAUCAUUUGAUUCGCAAUCUUCUCCACCAGUUUCUGAAUUGAGAUCACUUAUCGAAUCACCUGAUAUCGAUGGAAAAUAUUUGGGAGAAUGUUUGGAAAAGAUGAAUGGAAUUGGUGGAAAUAGACCGGAUCAAUUAGAUUUAAAAAGUAGAGAUUCUAGUCCAAAUGAAGAAGAGGAUUUAGAUCCACCAAGUUAUCAUAAAGCUAUGGGAUACUUACAAUUAGAAGGAACGGUAAUGCAGGAUGGAGAUAUGGUUUUGUUUGUAACCGAAGACUUGGAAAAUAAGAUUAAAUUGUCCAGUCCGGUUACAAAAAAAGGAGAAACCCCUUCUUUUCCAGGAUCAAGAAGUUCAACGCCUUGUUUAUAUAGGCAAGCAUUAACACCACAGUUACCUUUACUGGAUCAUAAUGUAUUAAAUGAAUUAGAAAUGGAAGCGAGGAAGAUAGCUACUUCUGUUGAUGCUCUUACAGAAAAUCUAGCAGCUAUUUUACACAGUGCAUCUGCACUUACGGUUGGUUGUUUGGAAACUUAUAGGGACGCUGUAUGUAAAACUUGUGAUGCCGUAGAUCAUAAUAUAAAAUCCAUGUAUCAAUUGAUGGCUAAGUGUGAAGAAUUAUCCAAAUGUAUGGCACCAAUUUAUAAGUUGGCAGAACAAAUUAAGGAGAUGAAGAGGAUGCUGGAACUGUUUGAGAGCGCAAUGAAUUUGUAAAGGUACAAGUUGCCACCUUAUGACAUCAACUUCUUCUUUUUUUAAGCGAUGCUGUCGUUCAAAUGCUUUUACGAUCGUUCUUUACAAAUUCAUAGAAAAUUUAUUAGAUUCAUAGAAACAAUUAAAAAAAGAAAUAAUUUUAUACUUAUCGAAUGUUCAUUGUUAUUAGUUAUACAGCUGAUAAUAUUAGAUUUGUCAAAUGAUAGAUACAUUGUUUUAAAUUAAAAUUAAAUGCUCGUUACAUCGUCAUAAAUUCGUCAGGAUAUGUGUCUCUCUGUGUGUAUGUAUAUAUGAUUUAUUUUUAGAUUAAUCCUUGUUAAAUAUUGUACAAAUUGUUAUAUCAUAAGAUUGUUUUUUUGUUAUACGAAUAAACCAUAUAACUAUAUACAUAGAUGUACAUUGAAAUGAUGGUACGUUUAACAAGCUGGAUGCUGAGCUAUUUUACACGUGAUUCAACGUGUUAAAGAACUUUUUCUCGAUCUUCAUCAACGUUCUUGUUGACCUUAGUCAACUCUAUAGUCAAAAAGGGAGGUAGGAAAGAGAAAAAGAGAGAGAGAGAAAAAAAAAGGGCUGACUCGUCGUAGAGCAGGAGACGACAUAAUGACCAACUAUAAAUAAAAGAUGGUGCGGCAGAUAGCUGCCCCGUUUUACCUCGACCCGCUUUUACGAAACCCGAUCGUCUCACUGGCGCCCUUUACCUUAGAGUCAACGUGCAAACUUCAAAAAACCAAAGUGAUUACAUAUGCGGUUGUACGCGUAUAUAUAUAAUACCUGUAUUUUAAAGAGAUAUAGUCAAGUCAAUACACUUUUCCGUACUAAUUUCUCCUCGGUAAUAUAGAUCUUGUUAUUUUUAAGAAAAUUCUUGUUGAAUAAACAAAAACAUGUAAUAUAUUCAUUCUCGUUAACGAUAGGUACAAUCUUUCUUUCUUUUUUUCUUUACGCAACUCGAUCGCAAAGUUAUUCAUUUUCUCGUUUUCUUUGAUCAUUUCCCAUUAGACUUUUCGCAGUUUCUUAUCGUUAACAAAUUACUCGGAGCUUGCGAGUGCAUCUUCUCGAGGGAUGUAAGCUCGAUGAGAAACGAAGAUGAGAAAAAGAAAGAACUUAGAACACAGAGAUACACGUUUGUCUAUCAUACGAGAGAAAAAGAAGAAGAAGAAGAAGAAGAGGAAGAAGCUAUAA